AAAAACCCUCAAAUGCCAAAAAGUUUUCAUGUACAAGCGCCCUCUUCUCUCUCCCCCCCUCUCUCUCAGUCAGGCUCUCCCUGCUCACACAGAUCUCUCUCUGUAACUUCCUCUCUUUCAAAUUCCCUCACUCAAAGCGGCUUUGAAUGGAUUAGCCAAGAAUUCAAGUGAAAUGAAACGGAGAUGUUCUUUAUUUAUUUAAUAUCAAACGAUGUCUUUGUCCGCUCUAAAUUUUAGAAUAUUGGAAUCAGUAAAUAAUAAUACUUUAAUUAUUAAAUUUAAUAGCGAAUGCGAAGUGGGUGCACGCAUCAAUGAAUACUGUUUCUUUUUGAAAUCUCAAUGGCUCUGUAUUAAUUUUGAGUAAUAUCAUCGGUUGCCUAACACAUGUUUGAUUGAAGUCCUCACAGAAUGGAAUCCCUCCCGGAUGCUGUUGUUCAAUACAUCUUCUCAUUCAUGAACAAUGCAAGGGAUGUUGCCGUCUGUAAUUGCGUAUCGAAGCGAUGGAAGGACUCUUUGCCUUACAUCAAAAGCCUCUACUUCCCCAGGAACUCUUUUGACAACCACUCUGGCAUCGACCAUCCUGAUACCACUGUGUGGAAGAUGAUAUCAUCAGUUGUUAAAUUAGAAGAGCUUGUUGUAUACAGCCCCUUCUCGAGCAUAGGUCUUGCCUCAUGGAUGCUGCUUGUGGGGUCAUCGCUCAAACAUCUUGAGCUUAGAAUGGACAAUCUUGCUGAAUACCAGAACUGUACUGAGAGCCCGUCGAAACUAGAAUGCAUUAGCACUGCAAAGAAUUUGGAGUCUUUAAAGCUUUGGGGUGUCCUAAUGAUGAACUCUCCCAAGUGGGAUGCCUUUCCAAAACUUCAAAGCCUUGAGAUUGUCGGCGCUAAAUUGGAAGAUCCCGCAUUAACUGCCGCCCUUCAGGCAUGCCCGAAUUUGAAAAACUUGUUGCUACUCGGGUGUGAAGGGGUUAGGUCAGUUUUGAUCGAGUUGCCUAGCUUGGAGCAAUGCAAGCUGGACUUUUAUGGCGUGGGUAAUUAUUCACUAACCUUGACUUCACCUAAAAUUGAAUUCCUCGAGGUUCAAGGCUGUAGUUGGAUCAGUGUUCGUGAAACUGCUUGCCUGAGGAGUCUUUCAAUUUCAAAUAAUGCUGGGAGAGUUUAUAUGGUAGAUUUUGGAAAACUCGCGGCCCUGGAGUUCCUGUCUAUUAGGGGAGUCCAAUGGUGUUGGAAUGCAAUAAGUAAAAUGCUUCAGUUGGCAAGUGAGGUGAAGCAUCUGUACAUGAAGGUUGAAUUUACCGGGGACUUUGACAACCUCCAACCCUUUCCAGAGAUUGACUUCGUUGAUUUUUUUAAUAGCCAUCCCAAGCUUCAAAAAUUCGAUAUCCAUGGAGCAAUGUUCGCUGCUCUCUGUCAAAAGAACAGCUUGAAAAAUGUGCAGUCUGGGUUUGUGAUUCCUUGUCUGGAGGAGGUGGUGAUAACGGUCAGAUCACCGUUGAAUGCCGAGCAGAAGAUAAGCACCCUUGAGUCGCUCUUGAAGUACGGGAAGGUUAUAAAGUCAAUGGCAAUAAGGAUUCUUCAGAUGAGGAGCAGCCAUAGCAGUGCAGAUGAUUUCUUUGAUGAGAUUUGCAGGUUUCAACGCAUGAAUCACAAAACUGUUAGAAUAGAAUAAACACCCCUCGGCGAGUCACUCCCUUAUUUACACUGAUUAGGUUCACAUUGAUCCUUCGGUUCACUAGUCAACAGUUUUAACUGCGGACAUGCUUGAAACUUUAAUCAUUCUUCAACCGUUAGUUUCACACAUUCUGCAAUUUUUUACUUGAAUGUUGACAAAUUGUUGUAUUUCAUAAUCUUUUUGAAUUAAUCACGUAGAUUUUGCA